AUGGAGCAGGAAUCAAAACAGCUGCAGUACUGGCGCCUUUACCUGCUGUCAGCGGUUUUGGGAAUAGGAGGAUCGUUCCAGUACGGGAUACAAGUUUCUCUCAUCGCUUCACCAGCAGUGCAUGUUCAGAGUUUUGUGAAUUACACAUGGAUGUGGAGGAACGGCGCUCCGGUGGCUGAUUCCACCAACCAGCUCAUCUGGUCCUUCAUCGUGGCCGUGCUGAGUCUGGGCGCCUGGGCGGGGGCGAUCCACAGCGGCAGCCUGCCAGUCACUCAUGGCCGGAAAAAAGCGCUCCUGUUCAACAAUGUUGUGGCGAUCAUUGCUGCCGUGCUCAUGGUCUUCAGCCGCAUGGCCAGGUCUUUUGAGAUGAUCCUGGUGGGGAGGUUCCUGUACGGUUAUAACGUUGGUCUCGGCCUCAGCGUUCACCUCAUGUACCUCGGAGAGAGCUCGCCCAAGAAACUCCGGGGUUUCAUGACCCUCACAGGAUCGAUUUUCAUCGCUGUGGGGAAGGUCGUAGGUCAGAUUGUUGGCAUCAAGGAGAUUCUGGGCACAGAUGAAAUGUGGCCAUAUCUUUUGGCUGUUAGCGGCAUUCCUGCCCUCCUGCAGCUCGUGAUGCUGCUUUUCUUCCCUGAAACACCUCGAUACCUUUAUAUUGAUAAAGGAGACACUGAGGGCAGCAAGAGAGCCUUGCAGUGGCUGUGGCAGGAAGACAAUGUGCAACAGGAGCUGGACGACAUGCAGAAGGAGAGAGAGAGCACGGAGGGAGAAAAGGCCAAGACUGUGAAGGACGUCCUGACCUCCCGCAGCGUGCGCUGGCAGCUGCUGACCCUGGCCAUCCCCUGCGCCGGCGUUCAGUUCUGUGGCAUCAAUGCUCUGUACUUCUACGCCUUCGACAUCUUCAAGGAGUCAGGAGUGCCGGAGGACCAGAUGCACUACUUAGCCAUUGGGCUGGGAGCGAUGGAGCUCGUCACCAUAUCACUGUGUUCUUUCUUGAUCGAUCGCGCCGGGAGGAAGAAGCUGAUGGGAUACGGCUACCUGCUCAUGGGCGUUACAAUGUGCGGCCUGACCGUCAUGCUGUCCAUCAAGGAUCUCACCUGGUGGAUCCCGUAUGUGAACGUCGCCCUGAUCUUCUGUAUAAUUUGCGUUUACGGCCUCGGGCCUUCUGGAGUGUCUAUGGCGCUCCCCGCUGACCUCUUCCUUCAGGCCUGGCGCCCUUCAGCUUACGUGAUCAGCGGAACCAUCAACUGGCUCUCCAUGUUUCUCGUCGGGAUGCUGUUCGGCUACGUAGUGGACGGACUGGGGCAGUUCUGCUUCCUGAUCUUUGUGGCCUAUUCCAUUGCUAGUGGAGCGUUCAUGUUAUAUUUUGUGCCAGAGACCAAAGGAAAGACGAUGGUGGAGAUUAUGGAUGAUUUCCACAAACUAAAUUACAAGGAGAAAGAAACUAACUCCAAGGAGAAUGACAUUAACCUUUCAACUAAAUUAUAACUUUUUUUUUUGUUUUCACUUAUGUUGAAUUGUUGUGUUUCCAC